AUGGCACUUUGUUCCUUUGGAGGGGUGAGUGAUCAGUGCGGUGCCACCGCACGGGCUCCGCACGAAACAGGAAUGGUUCCUUUAUUAUCCUGCGAGAAUGAUAUGACUGAAUGGUUGAAGCAAAAGUACAAGGGGUCAGGUGCGUCCGGGACAAGAGGAAGACCUGGUCAUACCAAACGUACAGGUGAUUCAAAAUAUCUGUUAGGGAUCAUACACGCGCACAAAUGGCUUUUAUCGCGAUCCAGUGGACUCUUUUCUAUUGAAGAGAGACCACGAUAUUUUACGAUAUUGUCGUCUCAAAUUGUUUUCUUAUGACUGAUUGAAGAUUUCCCGAGGUAAUUUACUUGAUUCUUGCUAAGAGAAACAAACAUUCAACAAAUUGUUCACAGGAAGGGCAAAGGGGUCGACUAAAAUUCUAACUUUGAAAGGUAAGAGCGCAGUUAUUUUAUUGCAGCAAUCUCUAUAACCAAAAACAACGAUAAGAAUAACUUGAAGUUGAAGGCUGGUUUUCGUCUGCUCGCUCUGUUUGUUUACAUUCAGCUUUACCUGUGCAGACGCUUAUCACGCAGUCACAAUUGGAGCGUGAAACUCUACCGGUUUCCUAAGAUAAGUGAACUUGAAAAAUCUUUGCAAACAUGCUGCAUCGAAGCUUUUUGAUGAAAUUGACAUUUUGAGCAAGAAAAUGUCUUGUUUCACGGAUAACUUUCUUGGUAACAAAAAUUAUUCGGAUACAUUUUUUAAUUACUUAUAAUUAGUUAUUUUAGUAUGUAAAUAGAGGCGGUAUAAUUUUAGGAAUCUUAUACCCAGUUUAAAAUCUAUCUCAGAUUUAUCGUUGUAUUCUGAAUCUCGACUAAUUGAUUAAACGUUUUUUUUCUACAAAAAUAGAUGAAUCACGGUAAAAAGAAACUACAUGUGGUUUUGAGACGGUAUUACGACUUGAUAAUGACACCAUGGUAUACGUAGAGAAUGUUUUCCCCUAUAUGGACUCUCUGCUUCGCAACGUUAAGAAGUCCUUAUAUUGUCUCAAAAUCUGCCGAAUUAGUUUGUGUUAUGGGAUUUGCUUGGAAGAUCUAAACUAAUUAAACUGCGUGCUAAUGCAUAGGCAAUGAGUUCACGUGUGUCCUUGAAUGGGAACUGAUCCUGAAUCGUUCCGGAAGAGCAAUUGACCAGGUAGAUGUUGGAAGGAUGACCGUGUGCCCAAAACAUCGGUUUCAACUUACUACGCUUUAUGAAGCAAAGGUAAGGAAUAGAGAUUUUUAAAGGAUUGAUCGAUGCGUGAGUCUUAUCUGGCAUUAUAACAUACCACAGGACACCCACCUUUUUAGGCAGGCCCUUUGAGGGUUCAGUUCAUAGAAAUACAGCUAAAAUCCCAGGUUACAACCCUGUCAUUUUCCAGAAGAGCUGAUUGUUCUUUAUCGCGCAAAUUACGUUUGGUUGUUGUUGGUUUUUUUUAGUUGCAGGCUCGUAAUGAAACAUCUCUUCCCUAGUGAUGCUAAUGCAUUACUCACCUAACACUUUCUUCACUCAAGCCUUUCCCUAGAUAGUAGAUUUCUAGCUCUCUACCUGUGUGUGUAUGUGGGAGGGGGAAGUGGGUGGAGGGGGACACAUGCUAGUGAAAUCGUUACACCCCUCAAUCCUGAAUUACAUUUGUUAGACACGGUAUGUUGUUAACUUGCGAAUUGUGCUGUAGGAUAAAUGUUGUCAUCCAUGCCAUGAAGAAAAAGCACCAUCGCGUGUAAAAAAAGUGUCUAAAGCAUUCACCCGCAAGAGGCAUGUGAGCAAAUUCAUGGUGGAGAGAAUCUACAGGAACACUGGCGUUGUCGUUGCUAUAGGCUCUGGUAAAUAUAUACUGUAUCUAUGUUUUCUUAUUUCUGUCCAUGAUACCCAGGGGUGGCACUGUUCUUCCAAGAAAAUUCUUUUACUUUCCCCCUUUUUUUUUAAAGAAAAAAACUCUAACUGGUAAGGAAGAUCAUUCUAAUGACAUAUUAACUAACUUUUAUUGCCAUUCUUAUACGACUAGUAAUCAAAACUUAACGACAGGCGGAUGUACCUUGCAUUCGCUACCCCAAUUAACACAUAUACUAAAACACUAUUUUUUAUGAACAACCAGCUCUUUCACCGAGAAAAUAAAGUUACUAUUUUAAAUUGUUUUCAAGCCCAAAACCGAUCAUAAUUUGUAAGCGCACUAGAAGGUUUUCUGUAAAGCGAACUGAAGGACUAUUUGCUUGAACAGGUAUCAUUUGCUUCAUUCCGUGUGUUCUGAUCAUCCUUUUCCUUGUACCAUUUCAGCCAUUUGCAGCUCAUGCCGAACUCUAAUUGCUGAUGCUCCAGCCACCCCAGCUAUUGAGAGACAUGAAGAGCAAGUGACGAAACUAGCUGCAUUCGCUUCAACACCAAAGUCUUUACCUAAGCAAUUACGUCCACCACGCAUUUCGACACACUAUAGUUUAUCCGUUGGAUCAGCUUUUUCUGUCCCUAGCAGCUCUUCGCAGGAAGAACA